AUGGCCUAUGGGAAAUCCUCGGGCAUGGACCCGCGCGUAUUUGAUGGCGCAGGAGCCGACUGGGAGAAGCUAAAUCAGCAAGCAGUGAUUCCGGUGAUCUCGCGAUCCACCUUAGACUGCGAGCGCCCAUCGGAGCGCAGGGAGCGGCUCAAUCUGGCGGCCGCGAGAAAGGAGGAACUUCGCCAGCAGCGUGCUGCACAGCAGAUCCAGGAUGUCCUCGCCGAUCGGUUCCACCAAAGGCCUUUGGCGAGCUCUGAUGCGCCUUCGGCACAGCCUGUCUAG